CAUGAAGGUUAGUGCAUGAGAAUGGAUUUUAGUAACAGUGGCGGUGGGGUCUUGGAUGGGAGGUAAACAAGUCAUUCCCUACCCACGUUAAUUAUAGAACUUCAUGGGUUGGAUAAUGAUAUGACCGUUCGUGGAGUUAAUACUAUCAGCUAAGCAUUUUGGCAGGAGGCAUGAAUGAGUUCAAGGGAGGGAGAUGGUUAAUUCGAGUCAAUCUACGUUAGGUAUUAAGGUGAGUGUAAAGGGAGUAAAUUCUACGCCUUACGAUUUUUCAAGUAUCUACCUUGAGUAUUUUUAAGUAUCGAUUUACGUGAUGUAUGUGCAGUAUUUGAUUCAUGUUUGAGAUUGCAUGAUUAUGUUUGAUGGUAUGUGCUUUGGUUGAAUUGUGACUUGAAGUGAACGAUUAUUAUUUACCUUGAAAAGUUUAUGAGUAUAAGUUAUUGUUAAAGUUUACGAAACAAGGCCUUUUUAAGGAGUAACUCACCUUCAAAAAGGUGAAGUCGUUUUAAGUGUGUUAGUUACUAGCGCCAGUCAGUUGCCAUUUGAGAUUUUCAGAUAGAGCAGCAAUUAUGCUCUUGAGAUCUUUGGGACAGAGCAGCAAUUAUGCUCUUGAGACUUUUAAGAUGGCAGCAGUUAUGCCCUUGAGAAUCGUGGUGAAGAGCCACCACGAUAAGUUUAAGAUGUUAGGCGGAUGAAUCGUUACGACUUCCCUAACUAAGUCCUAACACUAAUAUAAAGAGGUUCUCCAUGAGAACAUGUUUAAUUAUAAAUUUCGAGCCUUCUGAGUAAAUUUAGGAAGGAUUUUUUUUGUCAUUCUGGGUCUAUUAGAAAACGGAGAUUUUAAUUAAGCUAUUUUUUAGGUCAAUUAAUUAUACUAUUGGAAAAGAGUUUCCGUAGGGAAUUUUCUUUAAACUAAUUAUUAUAUUAUUGUUUUAGUUAGGAAAUAUAGUGGCGGGUAUAGAGAUUUAGGUUGUUUAUUUUAUUUUUAUUUAUGAUAAGGUUAAGUGAUUGAGAUGAAUUAUCAUGUGUGACAUUGCUAAUUAAUUAAUUUUUAAUAAAUUAACUUAGACAAAUCAAAUACUUUUGUAUUGUAAAUCUAUGUAAAGCAUACCUCUAAGGAGGUUCCACUUGAGAACCCCAUCAAUUCCAAUUUUUCUUGCUUAUGCACAGAGAACGGAGGGGCCUUAAGGUCAAAACACAAAUUUAAAUCACAUGGCCAUAAAAAGAAGGGACAACGGGUAUCUUGAUACAAAUAUCCAUUGUAUGACAGGUCGAGUUCAGAUCAGGUGAUUUAUCAUAAGGUUUCAUGUAGAAAUUAAUAGAUUUGAGAAUAGAGAAAUUUGAAUUUCAUGUAGAAAUUAAUAGAUUUGAGAAUAGAGAAAUUUGAAUAUAACAACGACGUAGUGCUCAUAGGGUUCCAUUUAGAAAUUAAUAGAUUUGAGAAUAGAGAAGUGAAUUCUGGAGGCACAACAACAAAUUUUUAUAGAAUUUGUUUAACUAAAAAUAUAUAUUUUGCGAAGAGAAACAAUUAGGUUUGCAUGUUGAUGUUAGAAGUUUGUCAUUGUCAACUAUUUUGUUGAUAUUAUUUAUUCUAAAUAUGUUUUGUCGGCUACUUUUGUGUAGUUCUUACAAUUUAAUGUGUGUCCAUGUCAUGCAUUAUUCAGGAAAAAAGAGAUAUAUUUUUGUAGCACCAGAAGGUGUGGUGAAUUCUAAUCAGUCUCUAUAUGAACUGCAUAAUAAAUUUUCUUAUGGUAUUAAUAUAGCUAAUAAAUUGAUUGUAAUCUGUUAACUAUUGCACACGGCUUGAUCUUACACUACCAUUAUCCAUUUUUCUUUUUCGGAAAUUGAUUCACAUAAGCCAGAGUUAAAGAGAAUUGAUCAAUCAUUGACUAAAUUAGAAAAAAGUAAACCUGCUCUUAAUAUAAGACAAAAGCGUAUAUACGAAAAAAUUGUCAACAUUCUUACCGGCAAUCCAUUAUUUUCAUGUUUGUUGUCAACUUAUAUGUUAUCAAAUUAUGUGUUAGAUGCUAGGAUCGCUUAUUUUAAUGAUUCAUAUACAAGACUUCAAAAUGAGAUGAAUAACUUACAAACUAUGAGAAAUAGAAUGCUGAGGUCCAUCAAACUUGCUGAAAAUUGUUAUAAUCGUCUUCGGGUGAUGCGAUCUGGAGAAUUUCCAGGUUUAUGAAUAUUUUAAUUAUUUCAUUUUUCUUCAUUUACUAUAAUGUUGGAAUUAUUAUCAAAUUUAUUUUUGAUAUUUGAGUUUUAAUUUUAUUGCAGUUGUUGAAGUGUUUGAUAUUGGAACCCCAUUAUAUAAAUGUGAAUAUUGUGGAACGAUGAGGUGGAAGGGAGAAAAUAACAAAUCCACAAGGAAUUCCAAUGAACAGAAGUUUUCAUUGUGUUGCAGACAGGCAAAGUGAACCUCCCUACUCGAAGGCAGCCUCUCAACGAAAUGUCACUUUUUGGAACAUAUCCGUGGCUAUAAUGGGGUUUUCACAGUAACUUAUAUUGGAGGUCAACUGGACCAAUCUAUAUAUGAUGGACAAGGAAUAUGUUUAUUCAAUUGGAAGUCAAGUAUAACAUCGCAUCGGUAGCUUGAUACCUAAUGAAAGAAACAUACCAAAAUUUGCUCAACUCUACAUCUAUGACAUUGAUAAUGAACUCCAAAAUAGGUUAGAUUUUUUCUCCAUGGAUCGAGCUUUAAAUCCUUUAUGCGAUUCAAUUAUUUAAACAAUUGCAGGAGAUAUUAGAUUCAAAUAAUAUCUUAGUAAAGACAUUAUGAUCUUCAUGCGAUAAACUGAAUGACACCACUGUUCAACAAGUUGAAAUUAAGUUGCUUGCUAAAAUUAAGAUAAGGAGAUGAUAGAGAAUAUGAUUUGCCAUCUGCAAAUGAGGUCGUUGCUUUAAUUAAUGAUGAUACUGGGGAGCAAACAUUUUCUCCUGAUAUUGGUGCCCAUUAUUCCCACACGGCAACGAUGGUUGGCACCCAUAUAUUCCACUUUCUGUGUUGAGGAUGCUGAUGGAUACAAAGAGAAGAAUGUGACCCAAUAUAUAUGUCGAUACGUAAAAUGGUAAAGACACAUCUAAUUUAUUAUUAAUACAAGCAUUAACAAAUAAAUUAAUGAUAAUAAAUCAAAGAUCGUCAAAUUUGCAAGCAAAAACACCUUAUGCUCAAAUGGAGCAACCUUGCUACUGGCGAUUCCAAAAAUUUCAGAAUUUAUUAAAUUUGUGCCAAGGUAAAAUUCACAACAAUUUAAUCUUUGUAUUUGUUUAUGCCUUAUAAGUUUGAACCUCAAAGAACAAAAGGAGAUUAAUUAACGUUCUUUUUGGGUAAAUAAAGUGAUGGUGAUGCACCAAUUCCUCCAAUGAAAGCACAUGCUAAACUCAACUGUCAGUCCCAACCAAAACACUACAUGAGUUCAAUCAAUAAAAAAUGAAAGAUGGAGGUAAGCAUCACUAUCGAAUUAACAACUCAUUAACUGUCAAAUACUUAAACUUUUUGUAAUAUGUAGAGAAAUAUGUAUUCCGUAAAAUAAAAAUUUGUCAAGAUUAAGAAUGGAUGGUGCUAUGCUGAUGUGAAACCUGGCCACAAAAACUCGAAGAAGACUCAGCCGAGUACUUCUGUGGGAAUUGCUCAAAGGCAUUAAAAAACGACAACAUCAAGGUAAUGUAACCAUUAUUAACAUGAAAUUUGAUUAGCUAUAGUUCGGUAAUUAAUAUACAUGCCAAGUGAUUGAAUAUUUAAUCUUUCAAAAUAUAAUUGAUAUGAUUUUUUGUACAAUUCAAAGUUAUAUUACUAAUACAUCAAAAGAACAUUUUCCUUAAUAAUUAGUAAUGCAUGGUAGUACUAAUACAAGCAGAAACCUUUCGUGUACUUCAACAAAAAAAUUAUUUUAUUGCCAUCAUUAUACGAAUUCAGGAUCACCCUUCGAGUUGCAGACAAAACAUGUGAAAGUUGAUCUUCGUUGUUAUGGAUAAAGUGAGAGAGAUAUUUUUUUGGAAUUUUGGCUAAAAAGCUAUUCCAAGAUAACGAUAGAAAUAGAGGAACAUCACCAGCUCAUCUCCUACAAAUUAAGAGAAUGGCGUUGCAGUUUGGCAUCAAACUCACAAAUUACAACAUCGCUAAUCUAACAAGUGAGUACACAAUUAUCAAAAUAUGGAAGGAUGAAGAAGAGCAAUUCACCAACGAUAUUCCUAACUUGAUUGAGGAGAACAAAAAUGACACUGCUAAUGGUGGAUGUAAUGGAUCCGGUACUAGAGAUGAUGAUGAUGUUGAGAAGAAGAAAGACAUUGUUCAUGAGGAAGCUGUAAAGACUGGUGAUGGGGGAAAAGAACAAAUCUAGGGAAUGUUGAUAACUUGGACGAAGUAAAUUAUACUUCAAUGAAAAAGAUGUUUUGUC